AUGCUAGCCUGGAUGAGCUCUUUCAGUCCCUCAACUGGCAUAAACUUGAGCUGCUACGUAAGUUCAAUUUAUCUAUUCUUUUGUAUAAGGCUCUUAAUAAUGAAACUCCUGAGAAUUUGAGCUCAAAAUUUAUUAAUCGUAUGGACUUAAGCCUUAUAACUUAAGAAAUACAGUAAACAAACUGACAGUACCACUUCCCCAUACUGAAACCUUCAAAGAGAGUUUCAGUUAUAGUGGAGCAGUGUUGCUGAACAGAUUACCGGAUCAUUUAAUGUAGGAAUCGUCCCUGAAAAAUUUCAAAUCAAAUAUUCGUUGCCAAAAUCCCCAGAGUAAGCUGGAUUUUAAUUAUCGUUGUUCUUGUAAAGCAGGAAGUUCUCACUUUACGCUUAUUGUUAGUUCUUUGUGAUAGCCUGAAGGACUUAUCCUAGGACCCGCCCCCCCCACCCCCCAGAUAUAAGUCCCCUCUAAAGGGCCAGUGUUUACAUGGAGGUGGGGGACCCCAGGUAGGUGAGGUAACCUAAUUAGACUGGCCCUAAAUGUAUUUAAAUGUAAAAUUUGAUUUAUUAUGACAUUUUGAAGCUUAAACCACCAGGAAAUGCAAGGCAAAUUUUGACCAGCACUGUUUAGCUCUGUUCUGGUUGCACCAGCACUGCUAUAGCUCUGUUCUGGUUGUAUACAAGUACAGCUACAGGUUUGAUCUGGUUGUACCAGCACUGCUAUAGCUCUGUUCUGGUUGUACCAGCACUGCUAUAGCUCUGUUCUGGUUGUAAGCCAUGCAGGCUAAGGGAUCAGAGGAGAUACUGACCUUCUUUCUUUUCUGUUGCUUCUUUUACUUUUCCCAUGUACUUCUUUAUCCUGUCCUACAAUGACAACAAAUGGCAGCAAACAAGUUAGAGAACUAUGACCUUCCUAGUGUACAACCAAUGGGAUACAGUUUAAACAAUACUAUGGACAAUACAAAGGGAUGAAAAGAAAAAAUUAUGUUGAAAAAAAUAUAGUCUUGUUGUGAGAAUUAGUAAGGAAUCAUGAGUUGUGUGUUCCAGUGCCUUUUUCAAAAAAUUCCAUCAAGUUUUGCAGUGAAGGCAUCUGUAAUAAUGCAAACAGCCUACCAGAAUGCCAAAAACUAGCAUAUCUGAUGUUCAGAAAGAUCAAAUUUCCUUGGGAAGCAAGCCCUCGAACUCCCUUGUUUAUUAUGUAAUAUAAAGCAAUAACCCCACUAAAAUGCAAAAAGCAUACUAAAUCAAACGUUUUAUUGCAAAAAACAAACAAACAAACAAACAAACUUCAUUUCCAUAACAAAAAUGAAAAUGUCUCUUGCAUAAUUGCUAUUGAUCAGGAAGCUCGCAAGGUUUCUCCCGCGGUUCUUAUUUGCUGGUGUCUGUUCUCUACUAAUGGCCACUCAAAAUGUCUAUUUGAUUUACUUUCAGUUCGGCAUUGUUCAUUUUUUCUUCAUGUGUUCUUUCUCUUUCCUUUUUUUGGGGGAGGGUGGGGCAGUCAAAACAUUUCUAAUGAAGAGAGAGAGGUCAUCAUGUACUUCAUGAACUGCCAGUCAAUUCCUACCAGCCCCUCCUCCUCCAUAAAAAUGAAUGGUUCCUAAUAAUUUUUUGUCCCAUACAAUUGCAGGAAUUGACCACGGAGGGUUUAGGCUAUCACAGCUUUCAACUGUUUGGAUUCGAUUUUAUGGUUGAUUCCCAGUUUCAUGUCUGGUUACUGGAAGUUAAUGGAGCACCAGCCAGUGCAAAGUAAACUAACUGGAUAGUUUUCACUAGCGAUGCAGUUUUAACUGGGUCCCAAGAGUGCUUUUGCAUGACCUAGCGAAAUAAAAGUUUGGGGUUAAGAGUGGAGUCAUAAGCAUCAGAGUCGUAAGAACCAGUCAACAAUGCCAUGUUCUGCUAACUCCGCUUAAUAUAUGACUCCGUCACUUAUGAUCUAGUGAAAACCACAUUGUCAGAGUCCAAAGCAGAAGCAAAAGGAUAAACCAAUCAUGAUGCUUGUUGUCAUGCUUUGUGAUUGGUUCAGAACUUGCAGCUCUGCUUUGUAAGUGGUUUCUGGUUAAGCAUAAAAGAAUUGCAGGUGUAAGAAUCAGUCAGUGUUUCCUCUUCUUCCGGCCCAGCUUAUGACUAUGUUGCUUACGAUUUAGUGAAAACCAGAUUGUCAGAGUCGGAAGCAGAAGAAAAGGGUUAAACUAAUGACAACGCUUUUUCCUGUGUAUUGUGUUCACUUGGCCUGUUCCAGGCUCUGAGAUAGUUGGGUCCACAGAAUUGAGAAAGCGCAAACACAAAAACAAAAUGGGAGGAAACCAGGGAGAGCUUAAACAUAAUCCCCACUAUCUGAGAGCCUGGAACAGGCGAUGACUGGUUUAGUACUUAAACUUCUGCUUGCAACUCUGAUAACCUAGACAUCACUAGAUUGUAAGCAACAGGGUUUAUGAAGAAUAUUAUCAUUGGAAAUAAUGCUGUUUUCAUGAUCACUAGAUCACAAUACUUCUGGUUAUGUCUUCUGUUGCCAUUGAAGCAGCCUUUAUACACAAAUGGAUGUGAGUAAGGAUGGUCAGGGGGUCUCUGCACUCCAACAGGACUCCCAGGGGAGGGGAUGCUAUAAAAAAAUUAAUAUUGAAUUUAAAACUCUUAACGAGACAAGUUCAGCUGAGGUGGCUCAGAACAAGCAGCCAAUUACGAGCUAUAAAUAUGCUGAAAAAAAGUUACUUUGUUUUAGAUAAUAAUGAUUAUUAUAGAAGCUAUAAAAAUGCUUUUCUUUUCAAUUCCACAAGCUCCUUGGGAUGUGGUCUGGAAGGUGUUGCUCACCAGAGGUUAGACUGUACCUACUUUCUGACUUUUGACUUAUUUUCUUCUUGUUUAGAUCCCUCCUACCAGACCUUGUGGAAGAACUUGUGAGAAAAGCAAUAGAUCCACUCUUCCCUAAGCACAACAACAACGAGCCCGGAAACAACUGUCACUCUGACAGCAAAAAAUGUUGCAGUCCAUCUGGAGGAUUUUUUAAAAAGAUUUAG